AUGUCCGAAAUAAAAAUAGUGGCAGCGAGUAUAGUCAACUUUCUCAAGCAGCAACUGGACACAGAUACCCUGAGCGUCGACUCUCGGGAGAGCGUGGAAGUUGGCGUGCAAUGCAUUGAAACUGCUUUCGAAUUAACCCCAGAUGAGCUCUCAAAAGGCGUGGAUUUACUUCAACUUGUCAGACAACAGAGGGGCGGUUUCUCGGCGACGGACCGCGCUGAAGCAGAAAAGUUGAAGAAUGAAGGAAAUGAACUUAUGAAAGCUGAACGUCAUCGCGAGGCUCUUGAGAAGUAUACUCGUGCUAUUGAAAUAGAUGCGCAUAACUCAGUAUUCUUCUGUAAUCGAGCCGCUGCGCACUUCAAGCUCGGGGAACACGAAACGGCUGUCGCCGAUUGCAUGGCGGCGCUAGCCUUGCAACCUAACUAUGGUAAAGCCCACGGACGCCUUGGACUCGCACUCACAGCAUUGGACCGCCACGCCGAGGCUCGCACAGCGUUCGCUCGCGCAGCUCAACUCGAACCCGAUAACGAAUCUUAUAAACAAAAUUUAAGACUUGCAGAAGAACGCUGUGCACAGCGUGGGGACCGUAGGCAGUUAGAUCUCGGCGGUCUUCUUCAAAAUCCCGCUUUACUGAAUAUGGCUACAGAGAUGCUUUCUGAUCCUAACAUGCAAAAUCUAAUUUCUGGAUUGAUGAAUACUACGGCACCUAACCCAGCAGCAAAUGGUGCUGGUGGUAUGAAUAUGCUACUCGAGGCUGGCCAAGCACUCGCACAACACAUGCAAAGUGCUAAUCCAGACCUUGUAGAGCAAUUGAGAAGACAGAUGCGUCCCCCUGGCCCUGGUGGCCCUGGUGGCCCCGGUGGCAACCCACCUCCACCAUCGCAG